AUGAAUAAUCAUUCAGUGUAUAAUAAAUUCAAUCUUACCCAUUCAGUGUUCAAUAAUAAUACAAAUUUGAAUAAUAGUAUUUAUGUUUCUGGAGAUAAGAAAAAUAAAUCGCGUACAUCCUUGAACAACUUAUCUUUUUAUAAACCUAAUGCAUCUGUAUAUGUAAAAAAGGUGGACAAAAGUGAUAAAAAAGAUAAUGUAAAAAUAUUAAUUCGAUAUUUAGGAUGGAAAAAUUAUAGUGGCUGUAUAACACCGAAUUUAUUUAAGAAUCCAAGUAUGACCGAUUUAAUAAAUAUAUGGAACUUUAUAUUUAAACAUGUGGACCCUUUAAUAGAAGUAAAUAAAGAUAAUUAUGGAGAAGUUGUAUUAAGUUUUUAUAAAGACAUAGGAUAUCCAUAUACUAUAUCUAAAUCAACAUUAGUAGCGCCAACAACAGGUUUACAAUAUAAUACACAUUUAUCAGCUCUUGCUUGGUUAUGUCAAUUAUUAAUUUUUGAAGUAGAAUGUUUUAAUGAUAUAAAUGAAGAAAAGGAUUUAAGUUUAUCUUAUGAUUUUAAUGAAUUGAACGAAAUAAAAAUGGAUGAUUUUAUUUUACAUAGUUACCAAUCCUAUAUUAAUAAAGAAGAAAAAAAUUUAAAUGAUAUGUUAAGAACUAAUUUAGAAAAAGAAAUCGACAGAUUAGAUAAUGAUAUUAAUAAUAAAAUUGAAGAUAUUAAUGAGAAGAAAAAAAAAGUUGAAGAAAUAAAAAACCAUAUGAAAGAAAAUGAAGAAUUAAUUAAAAGAAAUAAAGUUCUUUGUGAGGAAAAUAAAAAAAUUAAACAAUUAUAUACAAAUAGUUUAGAUGAAACAGAGAAAUUAGAAAAAGAUAUUGAGAUAUGUAAAAUAUCUAAUCAAGAUGAAAAAAAUAAAACGGAAAACAUCUUAGACGAAAUUAAAAAAGUAAAAGAUAUCUUACAAAAACAAACAUUAAACAAAGCACAAUUUGUCCAAAUGAAUGAAAAUAUUGAUAAAAAUAAAGAAAAAAUUGAACAUAUUAAAAAUGAAAUCCAAGCUCUAAAUAAUGAAUAUCCUAAUUUAAGUGAAAAGUUAAAUAAUCGAAAUAGUGAUUUAAAAAAAAUAGCAAGAAAUAUAAAUGAAAAAUUUAUAGAAAUUGUUGAAAAUAUUAAUUUAUAUAAAAAUAUAUCGACAUCUCAAUGGAACGAAAUACAUCCAAUCAAUAUAAAUAUAGAUUCUACUACCGUCGAUAAUAUGUUAAAUGUAAACUGGAAAGAUUUCAAAAGUAAUGUUAAACAGUUUAUUGAUAAAGAUGAACAAGAACUUAAAAAUUCAUUAAAUCUAAUCGAAGAAAAUGAAAAACAAAUUAAAGUCACAGAGAAAGAUAUCCAAGAUUUAAAACAAGAAAUUAUGGAUAAGGAAAACUUGGUCAAACAGAUGAAUGAGGAUACAAAUAAUUUUCUCAACGAAUCUACUAAAACGUUUAAUCAAAUAGUAGCAGAAAAUGAGAAAAUGUUGGAAGAGGCUGAAGAGAAAUUGAGUGAGACCAAUGAGAUGUUCAGUGAGGUUAGGACAUCGAGAGAACAGAAGGAAAAUGAACUUGAGAAAAUAAAAGAGGAAAAUGAGAAAAAAUUUAAGGAAAAGUUGUCAGUUCUUCAAAAGGCUUGCGCUAUGCUUAUAGAGUUAAAAAGAUACAGCAAGUCUUAUAUAUCCAUUGUGGUCGAAGAGAAGAAAAAGGAAUUGGAUCUAUACAAAGACCUUCAAAAAAGUGUUGUUGAUUAA